CUCCCGGUGCUCCGGCGCCUCCCGGUUCUUCGCCGCUCCCGCGCCGUGUCCCCGGUGCUCCGUCACCGCCGUGUCCCCCGUGCCCGGCUGCCUCGGCGCGUGGUGUGGCCGCAUCGGCCCCGACUUUGGCUGCCCGCGGCGGGUCGGGCUGCGCGUUGCGGUACCGGGAGCGGUCGCUCCGGGGCUGGCCGGACGGGUUGUGCGGCGGAUGUGCCGCCGCUGUCCGGGGCGCGGAGAUCUGCCGGAGGAGCGGGAGAGAACGGACGGGUUGAGUGACCGGGUCAGCCCGGGGUGUCCCGGUCCCCGCGAUCACCGGAGGCACGACAGCGCGCUGGCACUACCGUGACAGGGAGGCGGUUCGAGCCCCGGGGUCCGUGUUCGCGGAGAUUGCGCUGCCACGGACGGACCCCACCGGUCCCGGAGGCGAGAAGAGUGUCUCGGAGCAUCCCGGAGCGCUGCGGGCGGAACGGUGCCCAGGGAUGCGCCCGCCGGGGAUGCGCCGCCGCGCCCCUUGUUCCCGGUGUCUGAACCUGCCGGUCGGGAGCUGUGGCUGUUUGCUGGCUGUGGAAGGAUGGUGAAGCUGUGAACUGAGGGAAAUAGCUCUUCCCGUCAAAGGCAGAAUUGGCUGGUUUGAGGAAAAAGGGUGUCGUUUGCCAGGGAAAUCCGUCUUUCAAAGCAGCUGCUGGUGCCUUUCAGUUCCAGCAUCCGCACGCUGUGGGCAUGGAACAGUGGCAGUGCUGUCUGUGGUGUCCGAGGAACCGUUCCUGGGGUUGCAAAUCGUUAGGGCAUUGAUCAGGCACCUGCGAGGUUGUUCUGGGUGUGCAGUGACAGCUUCGUGGCGCUUGGCGCUCACACGGUGAUGCCAUGGCUGGUGGAACCGGGGUGGGAGCUGCUCUCGGCAGACCUGGCACAGCACGGCACUAAGCUUCCAAAUGCAUGGACUUGUUGUCCUGCUGGACUCCAAGGAAUCGCAGGCAGAGCUGGGCUGGACCUCACACCCAUCGAACGGGUGGGAAGAGAUCAGCGGCGUGGAUGAAACCUACAGACCCAUACGCACCUACCAGGUCUGCAACGUCAUGGAGCCCAACCAGAACAACUGGCUGCAGACGGGCUGGAUCGCCAGGCGUGACGGCCAGAGGAUCUUCAUUGAGCUGAAAUUCACCCUGAGGGACUGCAACAGCAUCCCUGGGGUGACGAGCACUUGCAAGGAGACUUUCAACUUGUACUACGUGGAGUCUGACUCCGACCUGGGCCGGAGCGUGCGUGACAGCAGGCACACCAAGAUCGACACCAUCGCCGCUGACGAGAGCUUCACGCAGGGAGACCUGGGCGAGCGCAAGAUGAAGCUGAACACUGAGCUGAGGGAGAUUGGGCACCUGAGCAAGAGAGGCUUCCACCUGGGCUUCCAGGACGUGGGCGCCUGCGUGGCGCUGGUCUCCGUGCGGGUUUAUUACAAGAAGUGUCUCAGCACCGUGCAGAACUUGGCCAUGUUCCCAGACACGGUGGCAGAGACGGCCUUUGUGACGCUGGUGGAAGUGAAGGGCACUUGUGUUGCCCAUGCUGAGGUGGAUGUGGAUAACCCCCCUCGGAUGCACUGCAGCGCUGAGGGCGAGUGGCUGGUCCCCAUAGGGAAAUGCAUGUGCAGCCCUGGCUUUGAGGAGAAGGACGGGGGAUGCAGAGCUUGCCUGCCGGGGUUUUACAAGCUCUCCCUCCGCCUCCCUCUCUGUUCUCCAUGCCCUGAGCACAGCUUCACGCACGAGGAAGCCUCCACGUUCUGUUUGUGCCAGACGAAUUACUCCAGGUCUCCUUCAGACCCGCCAUCUGCCUCCUGCACACGUCCCCCGUCUGCGCCGAGGGACCUGGUGUACAGCCUGCGGCAGUCAUCCCUGGUGCUGCAGUGGAGUGCCCCGGCCGACGCGGGCGGCCGCAGCGACCUGACCUACAGCCUGUGGUGCGGCCGCUGCCCGGCGGUGCCCGCGGGCCGCUGCCAGCACUGCGGCAGCAGCGUGGGCUUCGUGCCGCAGCAGACGGGGCUGGUGGAGCGCACGGUCACCCUGGUGAACCUCCUGCCUCACGUCAACUACACCAUCCGCGUGCUGGCCCUCAACGGCGUCUCGGCCCUCAGCCCGCUGGCCGGCCAGCAGUACGCCGAGGUCACCGUGUCCACCGGCCACACGGUGCCAACUCCCGUCACCGACAUCCGCACAGAUAAAGUGGAGCAGAAGAGCGUCUCGCUGUCCUGGCAGGAGCCAGGCUUCCUGACUGCCAAUGGCACCGAGUACGAGGUCAAGUACUUCGAGAAGGAUCAGAGAGAUCAAAGUUACUCAACUGUGAAAACCACAUCCACGGCCGUGACGGUCAAUAACCUGAAGCCUGGUACCCUCUACAUUUUCCAAAUCCGAACAUCUUCCUCCCCAGACUAUGGGAACUACAACCCUGGCAUUGAAGUGGAGACCUUGGCAGAGUUGACAGUGGCCUCCAGGGAGCAGAAACCCGUCCUGAUCAUCGCAGUGGUGGCCACCGUGGGGCUGACGGUGCUGGUGUCCGUGCUGGUCAGCGUGGUGGUCUGGAGGAGGCAGUGUGGGUACAGCAAAGCCAGCCAGGAUGGGGACGAGGAGCUGUACUUCCACUUUAAAAUACCAACCAGGAGGACUUACAUUGACCCCAGCACCUGUGAAGACCCCAUGCAGGCUGUGCACCUCUUUGCCAAGGAACUGGACAAUGCCAGCAUCAAAAUUGAGAGGAUUAUCAGGACAGGAGAGUUUGGGGAGCUGUGCCGGGGGUGCCUGAAGCUGCCCAGCAAGCGGGAGCUGCCGGUGGCCAUCCAGACGCUGCGGGCAGGCUGCUCUGAGAAGCAGCAGCGCUCCUUCCUGGCCGAGGCCUGCACCAUGGGCCAGUUUGACCACUCCAACGUCAUCCGCCUGGAGGGGGUCAUCACCAGAGGGAGCACCAUGAUGAUAGUGAUGGAAUACAUGGGGAACGGCCUGCUGGACUCCUUUCUCAGAAAACACGAGGGGCAGCUCACAGGCACGCAGCUGAUCUGCAUGCUGCAGGGCAUCGCCUCUGGCAUGGCGUACUUGGCAGAGAUGGGCUACGUACACAAAAGCCUGGCUGCCCACAAGGUCCUCGUGAGCAGCAGCCUGGCAUGCAAGAUCACGGGGUUCAGGCGGCCGCAGGAAGACAAGAUGGAAACCAUCUUCUCCACCAUGCGUGGGAAGAGCCUGGUGCUGUGGUCAGCCCCUGAGGCCGUCCAGUAUCACCACUUCAGUCCUGCCAGCGACGUGUGGAGCUUCGGGAUCGUCAUGUGGGAAGUCAUGUCCUACGGCGAGAGACCCUACUGGGACAUGUCCCACCAGGAUGUGAUGAAGGCUGUGGAGGAUGGGUUCCGCCUGCCCGCCCCGGCCAACUGCCAGCCACCCCUCCACCAGCUGAUGCUCAGCUGCUGGCAGAAGGAGCGCAGCCAGCGGCCCAAGUUCUCGCAGAUCCACAACGCCUUGAGCAAGCUGCUGCAGAGCCUGGAGCCCCCGGAGUGCCCCAGCUCCACGUGCCCCAGGUCCCAUGGCACGUCCCUCCCCCUCUCCAAGAGAGCCUUCUCGGCCUUCCCGUCCUUCAGCUCCGUGGCUGAGUGGCUGGAAGCCAUAGAAAUGGGCAGAUACAAGGACAACUUCACUGCUGCGGGCUACUGCUGCCUGGAGUCGGUGGCCAGGAUGACAGCCCAAGACAUCCUCAGCCUGGGGAUCACGCUGGCAGAGCACCAGGAGACCCUCCUGAGCGGGAUCCAGAGCCUGCGGGCGCAGGUGAUCCGGAUGCACGGCCGGGGCGUGCAGGUGUGAGGCCGUGUCCCUGCUCCCUGCGAGGAGAAGCCUGCUGGCCCCGAGCACCCCACCUCGGAACCCUCAGCUGGGAAAUGCUGUGUGCUGCCACACUCACAGCAGGAGAGCAGGGCUCCUGUCCCCUGUGCCGGCAGCCCAGCGCUCCUGGGCGGUGCCUGGGGGGACGAGGCUCUCCCAGCACUGUUUUGUAAGAUGAGUCAAACUGUACUGAUGCCAUUUCAUGUGGUAGGUGAGUUCACAGGGUGGGAUGGACCUUUUUGCACUGUCUUGAUCCAGAGCCAACACUUCUGUAUCCAGUAUCCUGCUGGUGAAUCUGUCACUGUCGAGGCAGGACGGGAAUGAGAAGACUCUGACUCAGAAGCUGCUGAGAGUAAAACUCUGGUUUAUUCAAAAUGCACCACUCUUUUAUACAGAGCU